GCGAAAAAAAAGGAGGGCAAGCGAGAGAAAAAACGAGCGGGACUUAGAAUAGGCGUUCCUCUCAACCCAAGUUAAACAGUUAAACUUCCAAAUUAUGAUCUCCACGAAAUAUAAAGUCUUGUACACAUCUACAGCACAGUUUCGCAAAAGCUGGAAAUUUUCUUUGUAUUCAUGAUGUAUCAUGUUAAACAGUGGUUGUGUUUUAAUCUCUGUAUCUUCUUCUCAGUAUCUGCCCUGCAAGUGUGACCCUAGGGUAAAUUACACAGAAGUUCUAAAAAUGAGUCUAGCUUUGACGAAACCCUUUCUGCAGAACUGCGACCUGUCACAGUAAAUUUCUUUUUAAAAAUUAAGCACCUGACAUUCACAAACACAUCUAUAACCCAUUUGUGUCGUAAAUCAAGUUUUGUCCAGUGGUCCUUGAAUCCAAUCCAACUUCCAACACAACAUCCAAUCCAGGCUUUCCUCUGCGAAAAGACUGGGAGCUACUGAAGGAUUGCGCGCCACGAGUUUGAUGGACUAAACGAUAGAGUUUAAAUGAGAAACGAUUUUCCUUCAGAAGGUACAUGUAAGAGGAUGUUUAGAAUACCUUUCAGAUGUACAGAAAUGAUGGAAUGAACUGCUAUGAAGUCAAAAGUAGGGAAACCUGAAUCAGUACACCCAAGGGAGAAGCCUUAUCACUGCAAACAGUGUGGAAAGUGUUUCAACCAAGCGGGACAUUUGAAAAGUCAUUUAAGAGUCCACACUGGUGAAAAGCCUUAUGAAUGCAAACAGUGUGGAAAGUGUUUCAGCCAAGCAGGAAGUUUGCAGAGACACCAAUUAGUUCACACAGGUGAGAAGCCAUAUGAAUGCAAACAGUGUGGAAACACAUGGUUCAAGCGAGCAGAACAUUUGAAGAAUCAUUUGAGAGUCCACACUGGUGAAAAACCCUACGAAUGCAAACAGUGUGGAAAGUGUUUCAGCCAAGCAGGAAGUUUGCGGAGACAUCAGUUAGUUCACACAGGUGAAAAGCCUUAUGAAUGCAAACAGUGUGGAAAGUGUUUCAAGGAUGUAAGAAGUUUGCAGGCGCAUGAAUUAGUUCACACAGGUGAGAAGCCUUAUGAAUGCAAACAGUGUGGCAAUUCCUUUAAGCGAACUGGAACUUUGCGAAGACAUCAAUUAGUUCACACAGGUGUGAAGCCAUAUGAAUGCAAACAGUGUGGAAAGUGGUUGAAGCGAGCAGAACAUUUGAAGAAUCAUUUAAGAGUCCACACUGGUGAAAAGCCUUAUGAAUGCAAACAGUGUGGAAAGUGGUUCAAGCAAGCAGAACAUUUGAAGAAUCAUUUGAUAGUCCAUACUGGUGAAAGACCUUAUGGAUGCAAACAGUGUGGAAAGUGUUUCAAGCAAACAGGACAUUUGAAGGCUCAUUUAAUAGUUCACACUAGAGAGAAGCCUUAUGAUUGCAAACAGUGUGGAAAAUGUUUCAAGCAAGCUGAUAGUUUAAGAAAUCAUGUAAAAGUGUACUCAAGUGAGAAGCUUUGUGAAUGCAAACAGGUUUUGAAGUGUUUUUGCCAAGAGGGAUGUUUAAUGACACUUGAAAAAACCUGCACAUAUGAGAUACCUUUCAGUUGCACACAAAGUGAGAAGAAUUGUAGCCUCGAUAUAACCAAAACUGAAAACUUCAGCAUUCAACCAGUUGCGAUGGGUUCUAAUUGUGAUAUUAAGAGUACUACAUCUAUAGCAACAUCCAACCUUCAAGAACGUGAGCAAUGUCAUGUGGAAUGUUGGAUUUGUCAAGAGGAAUUAUGUAGUCAAGCCCAACUUUUGGAACACUAUGACAAUCAUAUGAAAUAGAACAUUUUAGCUCAAUGUUAUUUUCAGUAAUCACUUAAAACCAUUUAAAUCAAACACAUCCAGUUCACUAAAAUCUGAUAACGGUGAUAAAAUUGAAAGAGGCUUUUAAUUAGGAAAUGACCAGCUGAAGUGGAAGUGAUAGUUGUGAGAUUGUAACCUGCAUUGUUCAAUUUUCCAUGCGUUUCAAAUAGGCAACUCUUAAAAAUAAUAGUGAACCAGUUGUGUUGAGUUGUGGUCAAGUUUUCUGAUGUUUUGUUUCAUUAAAAGAGGAUAUUUUGUUGAUGCCUCUCAUUUGAUGUGUAAUUACAGUCUAGAGCAAAACUGUCCACAGGUAUCCCAGGGUCCCUGGGAGCCAUACAGCUCUUAGAUUUGUAUUUAACGAAAAACCACAUCGCCAGAAAUCUGGCCUUCCUUACAUGUAAUCACUGAGUUACAAAAACACUAUUCAGUAACAUUGCAUUGAAUUUGGAAUCGCAGGAGCAUUCCAUUGCAUUGAAGAAUAAAUCUACGAGCGCUCUAUCAUCAAUGCUGUUCUCUGAUUGGCUAGGCUACUCACUAUCUAUUCUGUGUUAGAUAGUGAGUAGCGUAUGGUGAGCGCUUGUUAGGAAACUGGUGGCUUCUUUGCGUUUUUGAAGUGUCUGUGAGGAGGUUCUAUUUAUGUAUUUAUUUAUUUUUAUUUCAUCAAUUGCUACUUACACUGCUUACAAUACAAUAUUAAUAUAGUUACUCACACUGCUUAUUACUUACGCCACUUACGAUACUAACACUUACAAUACAAUACGCAUACUUGCGCUACUAACAAUACUAAUACUUACACUAUUUACGAUACAACAUAGCUAGAUUACUUGCACUACUUACAACUCUAGCACAGCAAAAUCGUACCAGUUUACUCCUGUCAGUAAUUUAAAUUUCGGAAUUGCGAAUUAAAUAAAAUAUACAAGGUAUAUAUGCACCUUGUUUCUUUUCCCUUCAUUUUUAUUUUCGUUUUCAGGGACUAGGGUCAAACUGUCAAGAGAUUACAAAAGAGAUAACAGAGGCUCCCACUUUGAUUGCGAUUGUAGUUGUAUUUUUUCCAUUUCAUAGAUAUGUUUCAAAUACAGUAAGAAAUCGUUAAGUUUUGGAGAACAUUUUCUCUGUAUACAUAGCCAAAUAUAAUAUUUAGCAUUUAAGCAGCAAAAGUUAAUUUGGAGUUUAUGUUUAGAGCUAUCCAGCCAUAGACCCAGUGCUGUAUCAGGCCCUAAGGGUGUGUCUUUGGCAAUGACUUGGCAAGACUGUAGCCAUACUUUAAAAUUGGUCCAAAAAUAUUGAGUUUUUGGGCGAGCCCAAAAUAAAUGUGCCAGUUUCUCUGUUUCUCUUUCGCAGAAAGUGCAUUUCUUGCUAUCAACGAGACCAUUUUUUUUCAAGAAGUUGUUUGUUGAUAUUCUUCUAUGAAGAAAUUUAAAAUUGAAAGUUAUAAGUUUUGUGCUCUUCGUACAUUGAAAAGCCAUUUGAUAAACCUCUUUCCAGUUGAGCUCUUGUUUUGUUGUGAGAGUGAUGUCUUCCUGCCACUUUUGUCGACUUUGGUUGGGUGAUUCACUUUUUUCUGAUACAAGUUUCUUAUACACUAGUCUACUAGGUUUUUUGCUGUUUAAAAACUUUUCACAAGAAACUUUCAAGUUUAAUCGAGGUUCUGGUAUUAUGGGUUAUAUUUCUUUGCAGAAGUUUUAUUGAAGAAAUGAUUCCAAGAAAGGUUAAA